CCCUGCAUCUUCACUGGGUCUCAUGAAGGUCCAGGGUGCAAUUUUCCAACUUGUUCCGAAAUUGGCCUUCGCUCCGAGAAUAAACUUUUUUCCAUUUUUAUUCAGUAAUAGCCAAUAAUGCUGAUAACAUCACAAGAAUGCAGAAUAUUCAGUAUUAAUGUUUUGGUUGCAAUACAUUGUGAAUUAUGAAUAAGAAAUUAUUGCUAUGUUCCAAACUGGCCUAUUUCAGCAUGCUAUUGGGUAACAUGGAAAUGUACAUGCAGCUAUUGCAGCCAUUCCUGAGACUUCUCAAUGAAAAAAUUAAUAAUAAUAAUAAUAAGAAUAAUACUCGUCUGGCAAUUUUUCUGAAGUGAAUAUUUACCUGCCUGAACAGCUGGAUGUUGUACUGGACGCAUUCAGCACAAAAAGGGACUGAAAAAUACGAGCAGGACCCUGCCAACAAUAAUAUAUAUAUAUAUAAUUAAUAGCAAACGAUACAUCUUGUUUAGAUUCUAAAUCUAACACGUGAAAGGUUAUAACGUCGGUGUUUUUGCUGGAAAUGAUGGAAUUAUGGAAUUAUCAUAGUAAUAACUGUGAGCAGCUGUAGCUAUCUCUUCAUAGUGUCUCACGCCCGGGGCUUCCAGGAUAGACUCUGGACCACCCUGACCCACAUUGGCAUAAUUGAUCGUGGAUGGAUGCAUAAUACUGGAUGGAUGAAUGAUUGUUACACUUAAAGAACCCUGCGAUCCCCAUGCAGAAGCUGCAGGACAUCCAGAGGGCCAUGGAGCUGCUGUCCACGUGUCAAGGGCCCGCUAAGAACAUCGACGAGGCCACCAAGCACAAGUACCAGUUUUGGGACACCCAGCCCGUCCCGAAACUCAACGAGGUGGUCACCACCCACGGCCCCAUCGAGCCCGACAAGGAGAACAUCCGCCAGGAGCCCUAUUCCCUGCCCCAGGGCUUCAUGUGGGACACCCUGGACCUGAGCAACGCGGAAGUGCUGAAGGAGCUCUACACGCUGCUGAACGAGAACUACGUGGAAGACGAUGACAACAUGUUCCGCUUCGACUACUCGCCCAACUUCCUCAAGUGGGCGCUGCGCCCCCCCGGCUGGCUGCCCCACUGGCACUGUGGAGUCAGGGUCUCCUCCAACAAGAAACUCGUGUGCUUCAUCAGCGCCAUCCCUGCCAACAUCCACAUCUACGACACGUCGAAGAAGAUGGUGGAGAUCAACUUCCUGUGCGUGCACAAGAAGCUGCGGGCAAAGCGGGUCGCCCCAGUGCUGAUCCGUGAGAUCACCCGGCGGGUCAACCUGGAGGGGACCUUCCAGGCCGUCUACACGGCUGGCGUGGUGCUGCCCAAACCUGUGGCCACCUGCAGGUACUGGCAUCGAUCCCUAAAUCCACGGAAGCUGGUGGAGGUGAAGUUCUCCCAUUUGAGCAGGAACAUGACCUUACAAAGAACAAUGAAGCUUUACAGACUGCCUGACACCACCAAGGCACCAGGGCUCCGGCCAAUGGAGAAGAAGGACGUGAAGCAGGUCACCGCACUUCUGGAGAAGUACCUGAAGCAGUUUCACUUGGCACCAAUCAUGGGCGAGGAAGAGGUUUCCCACUGGUUCCUACCACAGGAGAACAUCAUAGACACCUACGUUGUGGAGGGCCCGGGGGGAGUUUUGACGGACUUCACAAGCUUCUACACCCUGCCCUCCACCGUCAUGCACCACCCCGUCCAUAAAAGCCUGAAGGCGGCCUACUCCUUCUACACGGUGCACACGGAAACCCCAUUGAUGGACCUAAUGAAUGAUGCGCUCAUUCUUGCCAGACAGAAAGGCUUUGAUGUCUUCAACGCAUUGGACCUAAUGGAAAACAAGACAUUCCUCGAAAAGCUCAAGUUCGGUAUAGGGGAUGGAAACCUGCAGUAUUAUUUGUACAACUGGAAAUGCCCACCCAUGGAGCCAGAGAAGGUCGGCCUCGUAUUGCAGUAAUCCGUUUGUUUACAAUCACAACACAAAUCAAGACAGAUUGGAUUCGUGUUCCUGAUCUCUGAACCUGGACUUUCUUCGACGAAGUUCUCCGAAAAAAAGAUAAAACAAUCCAAAUGAAUUGAAACCGUCACUUCAGAUUGUUCUCCUAGGUCUUGUUUAUUUAAUAUGAGAACAUUUAUUUCAGGUCACAUAGAAGUGAUGUCUUUUAACCAUCUGCAUUCUGAAUGUGAAAUCUUACUCUGCUUGAGGGUGACUUUCAUGAAGCUCUUUUGUCCAUCCCAGUUGCGGGGGGGGGGAAAAAAAAAAGGAGAUCCAUUCCAUUAAAUUUGCACACACAGUACGCAUACACAGGAAUUUUCUGAAGUGUUAUGAGAGGUUUUUUUUUUUUUUUUUUAAGAUUUAAAAAAUGUAAUUAAUUUCUGAACUGCAAAGAUGCACUGGUAUUUGUAUGUUACAGAAUGAUUAAACCAUUAGGUCCCUGCAUUCAUGCCAGAUACAAAUCGAUAUUUGGGGUGUUUGCCAGUUAAGGGGUGAAAAAUCCCACCAAAAUGAGGGGGGGGGGGGGAUCUUUCUACUAUUGAUGUCGUAGGAGAGGUUUGUAUAUUUAGCUGGAAUGUAUUGCUUUUCUUUGAAGCGGUUUUCUUACAUGAGCUAGUCAUUCUUUUACAUUUCCAACGUGUCCUGUUGGAGGUCUUUCACAUCGGGACAGCGGCCUAAGAAAGGCGUGCAACUCGAUGUGCACCUCCCAGUGUCUGUGGUGGCAUUUUUUUUGUGUUUGCUUAGCCAGCGGAACACAUAACUAGAGUAUUCAACAGGGCUCAGUAACUUAUGUUUAUAACAUGUUCUGAUAAGUAUACCUUUUUUAAUAAAAAAAAAUGUAUUUAUUUUGCUGUUACGGUUUGUUGUUCCACAAAAGGAACAAGAGAAGGGAGUGUCAGAGAAGAAAAUCAUCACGCUGAACUGGGUGAUGAAGCGAAUGGACAUCGGCAUGCUUGUGGCCGUUGUUUGAUCGAGCACAAAGGAGCUCCUCCUUAUCUGGAACUUUCCCUCAAUCGGUGGAGCAGCUCAACAUCAUCUUUGUCCCGAUACUUUUUUUUUUCCCCCAGUAUCAAGAUUUUUAUGCUGGUUCCAAUGUGAACAUUCUUCUGGAAAGAAUGUGCUGCCUCUGUAAACUGAACAUUAGACCAGCGCUGUUGGAAGGUAGACUGCGUUAUCUUCACGUGUACAAAACAAUUGUUGUGGAUACGAAUGACAAAGGUCUACUUUAUUCUGAUGUUUGGUAAUUGAAGUAUUUUAAAUGUUGAUGUGACACUGAACGUGGAACCAGCUGAACUGUGUCCCCAUGAUACAGCGCUGUUUACCGUAGAUGGCUGUGGGAACAAUGCUGGUGUAGCCAAGGGUCCAGUUGGAAAUGACAUGGUAGCGAUGUACUGAGUCAGUGUUUUAUUUAUUUUCGAUAGGGGUGUGUACUGAGUUUGAUCAUUUAGAGUUGUCAUUUUUACUGUCGAAGGAGACAUCCAAAGGAUUGUCUGAUACCAUGAUGGUGAGACCACCCAAAGUACUUGCCUUAUUU